GCACUCCGCUCUCUCUUCACUUCAACAACCACAAGAAUAACUUCAAGAGACAGCCAAUAUGAUGCGCAUCUUUUACUCCAACCACUGCCACUUCAAGCAGCUACCCGAUUGCUUUUGGCACCAACGCAACUCUCCGGCUCUCAUCCAUCUCGAGUCUUUCGUCGCUCCCUGUCGAUACCCAUGGAGAUCCUCAACAACGAACCAAUAGACCUUUGCGUGGAGAUUCCGCCGACAGGCUAUAUAAUAGAUAAGCCCGCCUUGGAAGGAGAAGGAGAUCAACCAUUUGCUUGCCCGCAUUCGAGCUGCGAUGGCUUCACGUUUGAAACGGUAGAGGAAUGCCGCAUCCACGAGGAUGACUGGCACAACCCUCCAUACUUCUGUUCCGAGUGCGACUCAACUUUUGCUGCGAGACCGGCUUUGAAGAGGCACUUCAAGGCCAGCGGGCACUUUAAUUGGAUCUGCCUCGAGGACAAAUGCGAUUUGAAAGGCACCUUGUUUGCCAGUCAAUCCGAGUUUGUGAUCCACGCCCUAAACACUCCAGGUCAUGAGCAUUUAUUCCCCGAAGAGCCUCUCAGCAGCCCAGUUUCCGUGAAGAAGAUUAACUAUGCUGAAGUUGCCAAUCUAAUGGAGGGAGAAACAACGGAGGAGUGUUUGUCGGAAGAAGAGGGUGAAAGGUGCACAGAGCCAUCCUGUCGCCGGUACCAGCGAGUGUUCUACACUGAAAGCGAAUUUACUCGACAUCAAGAGUCGCACAACCAUGUCAACGCCACCGAGUUUCUUCGAGAAUCUGGAAAGUCGAUCGCUGAUAUCAUGGCUGAGCAAGAAGCUGCUAGAGAAUUCCGGUGCACUGUCGAGGGCUGUCCAAAAUACGGAGAGAAGCUGAAGACCAGCCAAAGCUUCCAUAGGCAUAUUGCGACGGAACAGCAUCUUCACCCACGCCCACCAACCGAUCCAACGUCUCCAACCUCCGAGAUCCGGCUCGGGUUUGCUCAAAUAAGUCUUGAGUGCGACGAGCCGGAGUGUCCGAAGUUCCAGCACUCUUUCUUCAACAAGGGAAACCACACGAAGCAUACCAAGUCAGUUGCGCAUUGCAAAGCGGUAGAGUAUGGAAAUUGGAAGAGAUCUCUGGGCAGCUCCAGUGCUAGAGACCAGGAGAACACGAAGAUCCAGACUCCUGAGAAGCAGAAGCCAGCUGGAAUAGCGGUACCGCCGUCGACUCCCGAAAUUUGGACCCGGAGCUUGUUUACUCCUAUCAGUCCGCCAGCUACCGACUCUACAUAUGCCCGACCUACUCAGUUCGUCACCCCUACGAAGCGGCCGGUUCAAGACAUUGCCCUCAUGACGCCACCAUCGUGGAGGGAAGAGAACUUGAGAAAGAGGAAUCGAGAAUUGGAAGAUGAGUUGGAGCGCAUGAAGGACAAAAUGGACCGGAUGAGAGCCGCUUACCAGGAGCAAAUAAGCUCCUUGUUCCAGACUCUCGGAGAAACCAAAGACCGCAACAGGCGAUGAAGUUGUGCAAAUUUUUGCCUUUAUGGGUUGGAGACUGAGAUGACGGAUUGAUCUGUAAAGGAGCUGUUUGUCUUUGCUUUGCCCGAAUGACUGUGCUGGAUGAGAACAUGAUGGUAUAAGCAUUUCUGACUGGUGGAUUUUAUUCACAGACGUUGUACAAUAGGGAUUUUAGGCAGGAAGCGGUUUAACGUAGGAUGUGAACAAGGAGAUGCGCUUUGAGUUGCCGGAUUGGGUGUUUGACGCAGAUUCAAGGCGCUGCCUAUGUAUGUCCUUUGCUUCUCAAUGAUACGAGACUGUUACUCAUAGAUGGAAAGC